AUGCACUCAGAGCGGGUUGAUGAGUUCAAAGAGCAUGCGGGCCCCUGGCUGACUGUGUAUGGGCCUCUGCUGACCAUCCACCGCGGUGUCUCCGAAAUGGCGGUUCGUGGAGUGACUUCGAGUCGAGCUCCUGGGUGUGACUCGCAAAGCCUUCGACUGACGGUAGCUGUUCGAGCUGGCUGGAUUCCCAAAGCAAGUAAAGGAAGCGGCACCUGCACACGUGCAGUCUUGAGCCUUCUGGGGCAGCGUGUGGUCAGUGCCAUCCAAACGGGUGAGGACGUGGACUAUACGUGCGCACUAGAUCGUCACAUUGCACUGCCAGAUGACACUGAAGAGGCAUCGCAGCUCCUCGAUCUCAUCCAGGAAGCUGUUUGUAGCGUGGAUGUCAUCGAGGAGGCGCAUCCAGACAUGCUUUUCAGCCCAGGCCGGGCUAAUUCAAGAGUACUCUGUGGCAAUCGUGUAGCUCUGUGGCGGCUGCUUUCGACGCAGAGCGAGAUGCCGACGGAGAAGUCUCCCAGAUCUGCAGAACAUCGACUACUUGGCUUCAAUAGCCUAACAACUUCGUGGCGAAUUCCCUUGUCGAGCAGCCAAGAAGAUCAAAUUGGGAAGAAGCCGUUUGUGGACAUCGAUGUGCGCUCUGAACACGCUGCUGUGGCAUCGUCUCCCCCCUUCGGCUGCCUUGGUAUUGCAGCGCCGGUUGGCGACAUGGUCGAGCAACCCGACAAGCCGAAACCGUACUUCUUGCAGAUACGGCUGGGUGAGUUGAAAGCGGGGAUCAUGGCUAAGCCGGAGGACGUCCGAAUAGAGCUUCGUUGCGCUGGUCUCAAGGUGUUUUCCGUGCCGGCUGGCGAGCCGUGCUUGCUGGAAGCAAAAGGCUUUAUGUCCUUCCAAGGAGAGAAACUGCUGCUCCCAUUACCGCCCGAAGUGGUGGACACAUCCGGACAGCUUCCACCAGUACACCUCUUGGUCAAGUGUGCGAAGAGCAAGGAUGCCCCACAACCGAUGAAUUUCCAAGAUAUGCUUAAGCUUUCCGGACGCGCUGUCCAGAAGCACUCGCCUGAGGUAUCCAUUCUGCAUGCCAAGCUUCUGCUUGAAAAUUUAGACUUCGACGAUGCGAGCCAUCUUCGGCCGCUGGCCUUGUGCGAAGUGACGGAAACUCCGCACGAAUCGGUGCUUUCGCAACUGAAGGAUACGGCCCUCCCGGCACACGUGCCGUCACUGUCAGUCGCUGCUUGCCUUCGAGAUGAUCUUCCGCAGAUCAGCGGGGAGCAAGGUGGUAGGGUUUACAUUGGCGAUGCAGGGACUCUAUCGGUGGAAGAGGUGCUGACAUACCCUCGGAGCGAAGCAGAUUUUCGCGACAGCCUGGCUGAUGGACGCUGGGACGAGCGGCGGGUCGGCCUUGCAGGAAUUCCUCUCCGCUGGCCGCGCACAGCCGUCGAGCUGGCCCACUCGCGGAUACCACCAGAUACAAAAACGCUGGUGAAGCUGCUCCGGAAGCCGCCGGCCUUCGAGAAGUGGCCACGAGCUGAAGCAGUUCCUCCAAAAUUCGCAGUGGCAGCAGAUGAGAACGAGUGCGACUUUCGUCGACGGCAGCUGCCGGCGACCUGGUCCAGGGUGCAGGAGGCCUUGGCACAGCAGGAGCGGCACCCAGAGUUGGGAGGCCUCGGCCGCAACACCAAGCAGCCCAUCAAAGCCAGGGCCGCUGAGGCCACCUCUACCUUUCAGAGCUCCCCCAACACCUCGUUUGCUCCAAGCAUUGCAGGCAAAAGACCCUUCUUGCAAGGGCCUCAAUCGCGAUUCGCUGGAUCUGUGCAGUGUGUGGGUUCCGUCUGCGUUUGCAACCUGAAGGUCCAGGAGUUAACACACGUGCUCCGGGAAGUCGUCGUCACUGUCUUGGCAGUGUACAACGACUCGUCCUCAGUUUCAGUGGGGCUUCUUCAAGCUCAUCUCAAUUGGAGUCUCGUCGUGCUGAUACCUGGCCUUUUUGCGCUGCCUAAUGCAACAAUCAUGAACAUGCGACUGCAAGCCGGGCGAUGCAUCGAUGCAAAGCUCAACCAUCGCACGGGGCCAUGUCGAGGCAAAGGGUGUCAAGAUGCCGCAAAUCAGUGGGUGGUACUGAUUCAGAACAUGUGGGACCGUCUCAGCUGGGAGACCGAUGCCACAACACCAAUCAAUUCGGCCAAAAUGGUUCGUCUGUUCGUCUUGUUGAUCGGAGUUGGUAGCAAGCUCAGCAUCGAGGAUGGCACCUGCGAUGUGGAGCUGUCCCCUGCCUUUGUGCGGAACUGGCCCGUGCGCAUCGGCUUGCGGCUAAGAGUUGAACCUCCAAAGGCUGUUCGCAUGUUGGGAGUGGGUGGAACCAAGGCGCUACCGCCUGCCAGGUCGUAUCGCGUGGUCUUGCAAAGCCUGCCGGUGACCUCCAUCAAGGCAGAGCAGUCGGCUGGCUUUCAUGUCUACGAUGCCGCUGUCCUGAAGCCGCAAGAUGCGAUUGCGUCGUCGCUCCGUGGAUCCACCGCCCAGGUCCUCGGCGGCCCAGUUCCUCUCGAUGCUCUGGAGGAGGUCUGUCGGCACGAAUGGAAGCUGCACCUGCGUGCCGACAGCGAGGAGGACAUGAAGAGGUUGGUUGCCAACCUUCGGCAGUCUGUGAGGAUGCAUCAGCAGGCCCGGACAGCUGGUGGCAUCUCACUCACGGCCACAGGCCAACCAGUGCCCAAGGGCAGCGGCCAGCUCGAAGUGCUUCUCGUUCGUGCCAAGAAUCUAAUGCCGAGGGAGCCCGGAACACUCGUCGCAACCUUGAAGCACCGUCGCAUCGCCCUGUCUCAACAUUGCACGGAGGUGGCGAACUCCCUGGAUGCUUUGGCGGCAGGGAGGCCGAUCCUGCAGGUCAUGGGAGAGUUGCUGCGGCCUGCGAAGAACCUGGAGAUCUUUGUCCGGCUCCGCAUCCUCGAUGAUGCAGAGGUCGUUUCCAUGGAUGGGCACCAGUGCUUCGACUCCCCAACACGGGAGGGUUCAGCAAGCCCCAGCUGGAGUGGACUUGACCAUGGAGGGCAGCACGACGGCUGGGUCUUCCGUAGCCAAAUCUUCCUGCCCGAAAGGAUGCCGAACCUGUGGCUGGAGUUGGAAGUCAUCAACAUCGGAAUUGCCGGCGAAGAGCUCGUGGGCAGGGUCAAAGUGCCCAUCACAAAGAAGAACUUUCUUACCAAUGCCAAGGCGCCUUUCAGGAAUCUUUGGCUGCCCUUGGCCUUGCCUUUGCCAGAUGCCGAUGGGAAAUGGCGGGUCACAGAGUGUGGAGACGUUCAGAUCAUGACGAAUGCUCUGCACAGCUCUGCUUGUGUGCCGAUCGGGGAAUUCGCAGUGUGGCUCAAACUGCACCGCGCUUGCAAUGGAAUGGACAGUGCUGCUCAACUGCUUCGUCAAUCGCCCAUACAUGUCUCAGCGGGGAAUCACACGAGGGAAGCAUUGACGCAGACAAUGUCAACGGUGGACAUGGUGGUGGAAGGGGCUGGAACAGUCCUUGCGAUGUUCUUUCUUUCCUCUCCCAUGCCACAAGUCUGGCAAGCACAGAAAACUCCGGCCAAGGUCGACCUGGUCAAUCCGAUUACCAUUCUCUCAAUGUACGCUAACUGUGCUGCGCAGGUUGUCUAUGGAAUCUAUCGACCUUUGCCAGCAGCGGUGCCCUGCAACCUUUAUGGUUUGGCUGUUUCGUUAUACUACUUGGGUUCUUGCUGGUGGUGCGCCGCGAAGUUUAGUGGGGCACUUCAGUGGAACUCGGCGGCAGCAGGUGGAACAGUUGGCUCGGUCGCAGUGUCCCUGCUGAUGUGGCUUUAUGCCGCCUUUGAGAUCCACCAGAACGCUGCGGAGCACAUCGGCUCGUUGGCCCUGGUCCUGAACGUCUUGGUCUUCGCGGCGCCUCUCUCGGCUCUUCAGCGAGUCUUGCGGGACCGCACCUCUGAAUCCCUGCCACCCUUGCAAACCGUUCUGGGACUUCUUUGCAGUGUGUGUUGGUGUGGCGUUGGGUUGAGACAUCAGAGCAUGCCCUUGUGGGUGCCCAACGCCGUGGGCAUUCUUCUGUCUUUGGUCCAGCUUUCGCUCAUCAUGGCUUAUCCUCGGGUUAAGCCUUCCAAAGAGGUGCUCUUCGAAGACGAGAUCUGGAGGCUGCUUCUUCAGAUGCUGGCCAUCGGGGCAGUCAUGGUACUGAUGGUGGCAGGGCUGCGCUGCCAGAGCACUGCAGAGUUGGACGGCAGAGUGGACGGGGAGCUGGGCCAGCUUUCUGGUGCCUCCACCUCAUCCUCUGCAUCCAUGAGCUACUUGAAGACGUAUCUGCGGGGCGAGCUGGAAGCGGCCGAGGGCGGUGCUCGGUGCAUACGAACUUGCGGAAGCGAUGGCGAAAUUUCCGGAAGUGAUCUUGCGCUGAUCCUCGAGCCUGCAGGCUACAACCCGAACCUGGCUGAUUGCCAGGGAUCGGCUGACGAGGCCGCCCUCGAACGUGCUGUCUCGAUGGCUAUGCUGCAGCCUCGCCUUCAAUGUCAGGAAGAGCGGAGCCUCCAUAGCUGGAGAGCUUUCCGAAACAAGCUGAAGUCCGCCGGUUUGGCCAAGGCCCCCUUGGCAGAGCUCAGACUCUACCGUGCUGGCUUGGGUGAGGCGACGGCAGGGGAUCAGAACGAAGUAGAAGUCGAUGCUGAGCUGCUGCUUUCGCAGGCAAGUUGGGAAGAGCAGCUGAAGGGCUUGCUCCGCUCCGGGGUCCCGGACAAGUACAGAUCGCAGGUCUGGCUGGAUCUGUCAAUGGCAGCACGCUCUCGUGCAGAGUGGCCCGAAGGCAGCUACAAUGCUUUCCUUGACUGUGGGAAGCAGCUGGUCAACGCAUCCGUGCAACAAUUGCAGCAGGACGACAGCCUGACAGCGCUGGAUUGGGAACCUUCAAAGGAUCCAGCAGCUGUAGAAGCGCACCGACAGCUUCUUCAGAAGGCCCGCAGUGUCUGCUUGGCACUCAUUGGCUUCUCCUCCGAGUCUGCGGAACAAGGUGCAGGUAUCGCUUACACGCAGAGUUUGUUGGAAAUUGCUUGUCACCUACUCCCGGGCAAGAAGGACUCGUUCAUGUCACCAACGGCGGAUGAUCAGGUGAAGCGGGCCUUGUACACCGAAUUAUGCCGAGCCACACGGCCGGUGGCUGUGCAGCGCAUCGUAUCCUCCUUGCAGAAGCAACAGUUGGUGGUCGAUAAUCGGGAUGCCACGGUCGUCGUACAGAGGCUUGGCAAGUGUUCUCUGUGGGACAGCGCGCUGGAUGCAGUGAUGCGACUUGCAUGUCCUGGCUUGCUGCAGCCGGACGCCGUCUUGCUGGGUGCCAUGGUGACAGCAUGUGGACGAGGCAGUGCUUGGACAAAGUCCCUCCUUUGCUUGGACUUGCUGGCCGAGUAUGGCAUCGAAAAGGGUAUCUUUACGGUAAAUGCUGCAGCUAAUGCCUGCUUGGAAAGUUCAUGGCCUCGGGCCUUAGAGCUUUUGCGAGAGAACGCAUACUUGCGGCUGAACACGGUGAGUUACAACAUCUUGCUUGGUGCUUGUGAGCGCGGUGGCAUCCGGGGCAUGCGAGACUCCGUACUCUUGCAAAUGCAGAACUCACUAGUGCUGCCGAGCCUCGUGACAUACAACUCCUUGAUUACCUUGUGUGGAGUUGAUAACGAGUGGAAAUCUACGUUGAAGUAUCUGAAAGAACUCCGACAAGGCCAGCAGGAGCUUGAGCCGGACAUCAUCUCCUACAAUGCUGCAAUCAGUGUUUGCGGGACGUGCUCGCAGUGGCAGCCUGUCCUUGCUCUUUUCGGAGAUAUCGCCAAGCACGGGCUGAAGCUCGAUGCAUUUUCACUCGGUGGGGCGAUUGCAGGAGCAGCCAAGUCGCGCAGAUGGCGCUUUGCAAUGUCACUCCUGCAGCUCGUGUGGCCCGCUGGCCAAGCUGGCUCCAUUGGGAUCCGGCCGAAUGUAGUCGUUUGCAGCUCUGCCUGUGAUGCGCUUGCACAAGGACACUGGGAGAGAGCCGUGGGCUUUCUCGCUGACAUGGCGUGUGUGGCUCUGCUGCCGAACGCAUUUACGAUAAGCUCUUCCAUCGGGGGCUGCGGCCGUGGCCAGCAGUGGGCAAAACCCCUGCUUCUGCUGCGAUGGAUGGCGGGCAGAACAGGUCUGUCUUGUCUACCGGAAGGAGUUUCCGCCACUAUCGGGGCCUGCGCCCAGGCCAAAUGCUGGCAGGCCUCCUGUGCCUUGCUGCAGGUGUUAAGACGGCAACCAUCGGGAGAGCGGCCGGGGGUCCUGGCAUACAACGCAGUGCUGGGUGCCACGGCAUCCUCAGAAGGUGAGGCAGGUAGCAUCGACGCACGCGGUGUUUGGAAGUGGUCUCUGCGCCUCUUCUGGGAGCUUUCCAAUGCCGCGACAAGCGCCGACAUCAUCAGCUUCAACUCCGGGAUAAACGCAUGUCAAACUGGUGGCUCUUGGCCGGGAAGCCUGACUUUGCUACGAAGACUGCAUGAAGCCAUCCUGCAGCCAGACUUUCUCAGCUUCAGCUGCGCGGUCGAAGCCUGCAGCUGCGGACGUAAAUGGGAGGUAGGAUCUUCCUUGCUGGCCACCAUGCAAAAGCUGCCCCGAAGUGAGGGACCCAACAUAGCCGCAGCCUACGAGGUGUUGUUGGAAGCCUUGGAGUCAGGAGGAUCCCUCCCAGCUGCACCGCGGCUUCUGGCAGAACUGCAGCUUCGGACGGAAGAAAGCUACAUAUCGCGCCGGGACAAAAAAAGGACCGGCAGUCGAUGUGGCAGCUCACUCAUAUGCCUCGUGCAACUUACGCAAGAUUAUGCGAGUCUCUCGGAGCAAGAUCUUUUCUGGCUUCUUCACGCGCUGGCCUACUCCAACUCGAACGGAGCUUUUCGGGACUACUUCUGCCCCGCAGCUCCCGGAGACGGUGUGAACUCGGCCUUGGGCAUGGCGGAGGACACAUUGCUUCUGGAUUGUGCGCUGGCCAUUCAUGAGCCCUUGGUGCGAAGACGCCUGGUCAUGCUGGGGAUUCCCACAUCGGCGCUCUUCUGGACGUACUUCGGCCGGCUCUUUGCAGGGGUACUGCCAAGAGCCUCCUUCUGGCGGCUGAUGGACGUGUUGGUCGGUGAGUCAGCCGAUCCUGAGGCUUGCCCACACGGGCGCCAUGUGUUGGUGGACCUGUCCUUUGGCAUCCUCCAACGUGCCCGAGAUGGCAUCUGCGCGUGCAACUCUGCGCUUGAAGUCACGUCUCUCGUGCGAGCUAGACUCGCCUCUUUGCUUGACCCGGAGGACUUGAUGGACAUCCUCGUUCAAGCCGAGGCCUUUCUUUGGCAAGGUUUCAGCCGACAUGAGGUCCUGAGUAUGUGGAGCGCUGCGUCUCAGGAGUUCACAAGGUUCUGUCGCCAACGGCAGCGGCAGGACAUGGUCGUUCAGCAGCUGCAUGCCUUGAACCCAUUGAAGCCCCUCGGCGAGUCUUCGGAUGCCGCGCCAAGGCCGCUGACGACGCACUUCGUCAUUCAAUCGGUGGUGCCAACGAUGCAGAAAGCCUUGCUGCUUCACACCAACUGCGCGCGUGCGGCCCUCCGGCAGCUCCCAGAGGAGCUGUUGAGCAUCGUGCUGGGUCCGAUGGUGGACCCUUCGGCCCAGGCUGACGUCGGGAAGAGCGUCGCGCAGAUCGCUUCAAUGGUCAUGUCCUCCGCGCUGGGCCUGCGCGGUCGCCCGGGUGCCGCCGCAGAGCUUCCCGACGUGCGCCCAUGGAAUUGCUUGGGUUCUUCACCGGAGCCAGAGUCCUUGACGUCAGAGAGGUUCUCUGCAGCGCUGACGGAGCACUUUCCAGGCUGGAGCGAGAAGGCCGAGGAGCUCUUUGCAGCAUUUCGCUGGGAUGCAUGGGCAUCGGAAGCAGUCUUCGAAAAUCACAUGAGCUUGAACGAGUUCUUCCUUGUCCUCAUCUGCUGCUCUCAAGGCAGUGUGACCGAGAAGGCCUCCGCCUUCUUCGAGUUAUUUGCAGGCCCCGCCAGGCCGGAUGCUGUGGAGUCAUACCCCCACCGGAUACCCAUCUCGCGGGUGGCUGAGCUGGCCGGUGGUCCACAGGAGGAGGAGGCCUUAGCAGCCUUGGGGCGGGUGUGUGGCUCCCUCCCGCCGCCGCGGGAAUCACCUGCACUGGAGAUUGAGGCACUGGGCAAGACGGCCACUUGGCCGGACGAGCUUUCGUCCGCUCAUUGUGGCCAUUUGUUCGAUCAAGCCCUCUUCUCCAAGAGCGGGAGCUCCUGCGAGCAGGACGAGGUGGGAAAGGGUGGCAGCUUCGCACCUGGCCUGGGCCUGUGGCUGCUUGGUGUUUCAGGGAACGAGCUGAACCCGGCCAUCGGGACAUUGGUUCUCUGCGCCGGUGGCCUGAAGCUCUUCAGUGCUGAGCGGCUUUCAAGGCCUUGGGUGCGUGCAGUCGUCUAUGACGAGGAUGGGCUUCGAAGGUUUCCGGUUCUUCGUGGACAUCAGAGCAUGGGUCAGAAGGAUGGUUUGCUGCCAAAGUGGGCGCAGGGCUCUUUUGCGGCCUCGAUGACGUGGACGCAGGAGGCUGUACGCUGGAACGGCGACAGACAAGAGUGGAACUGGGUGUCCCCUGCAAACAUCUUGUCUUCAACAGAUGAUCUGCUGGUAUGUGGCGGCACGGUCUUACCACCCCAGCGACCAGGCAGCCAAAAGGUUGUCACCCUGCAGAGCUGCCGUUUGAUCUCUGAUGUAGGCUGCGCAUACCUCUCAAGCCGCCAAGUGGCUCAGAUUGCUGACCGCUGCUUUCACAGAGAUGCCAUAUGUGCCGCCCUCCUGGAAGCCCUGUUGGUGGAGGGUGAGGAUGUGCCUUCAUGCGGCAUUUCACGAGAGUACUGUGACGAGCAUGGACGAGGAUAUGUGGACAUCAACACAUCCAUACUGAUGGAGUUGGAGAAGCAGAUCUUUGAACGUGAAGGCAGCUUGAACCUAUGGGAAACUGCCGAGUCCGUUGCGGCCGCCUCUCUGCAAACUCUGGACGUGCCUUUUGACCCCUUCCCGGAGCGCGAGAAGCUGCUGUGCCUCCACUACGCCCGUGCCGGAGACGGGGAACGGCUUCGAAUCACUCUGAAGGUUGGCAAGGACGGCCAAGUCAGCGCGGAACAGGUACUCAUGGACUCAUCGUCUUACGAGUCGCUCGCGCUGAGCAAGAAGGAGUUUAUCUCUUGCAUCGAAGCUUCCCCCUUGCUGAGUGAGCCGCUACGAUGCUCACUGCUUCAUGUCCGAACCUCUGACAGCUUCCAGACAGGAGCUGAUCUCGUCCAAGAUGGCUUUCGAAGGACAAGGAGUCCGCUGAUGGGUUCCAUCGUGGGACUGCUGGGAAGCGUAGGAAAGGCAGAUGCUUUGGCUCUCGAUGUUCUCGUGGAAGACAACACAUCUUCGGGCAGUCCCACGUCACAAAGCUCCGUGAAAAACAAAGGAUUGCCCCUGCUGUUUGGAGAUCUUCUAAACCAAGCAGCAACAGGAGCCACGAAGACGCCAAGACUGGCACUCGAAACGGCCAUGGAUGGUGGAGGCCAUGGCGUGAAGGUGUUUUUGAACGACACGUUUCGAGACUUCCUGGCGAAAGUCCAAGAGGCUUGCUCCAAGCUCGGGAGAAGCCUUUCAAGCCAGCGGGUGGUGCAGGUGCUGGAAUCGGCCAAGAGAUACAAGAGUGUUAGCAUAGGGCCGGAGCAUCAGGUCUUUGCGUUCAUGCCCCCGGUGAACCCCGACCCCAAGGACGGUCUGGGGGCUCUGAUGGGUGCGCUUGCCGACCAUGCCAGCUGGUUCCCGUUGGACAAGGACCUGACUUUUCUCGACUAUGUCACAGCUUUCUCCCGUUACAAAUCCAUGCCGCCGUUUCUCCGGGUGGUGCGGGCGGAGGAGAUCUCCGAGGGCGUAAACGAGCACAGCCUGCCGGUCACAGGCCCGUCUCGCUGGAGGCGAGGCAUCGGGCGAGCACACGCAAAAGCGCAUUUGUGCUUCCGAGAGGCAGAGUUGGCGCUUGCACCAACACCAAGACCUCUCACAAGAGUGGAGGUGCUGAGAACCUCCGUUUGCGCAGUCCGGUCUCUUGCAAGCCAGCUACUUGCAGGUAAGUGCUGGAGCCUACCGACACCUGGGGGCUUCGCCGAGAGGCACUGCAAGUUCGAUAGGCUGCCCGGGUCUGUCUGUGCGCUGUGCUGUGACAGCAGGGCUCUCGCCGAGCCUCUGAAAACGACUCAUCACUGCUGGACGGGCGGUCGGGUGUGGAUGAGAGCUCACCUGGGUCGCAAUAGUUAA